AUGAAACACACAAACACAAAUACAAACACAAACACCCCCCUCCACCUCCACCACAUCCACCACCUCCCCACCCAAAUUUGGCACUUCACCGAAAGCAACUUCCCAACCUUCGUCCUCCCCAACUCCGCCUUCGGCUUCCUAGGCGCCCUCUCCGGCCCAGCCCUAACCACCUCCCAUACCACCCCCGACCUAUCCACCCUCCUCCCCCGCCUGCCUCUAAUCAUCCUCUUCAACUGGGCCCUAGUCUUCAUCUUCGACCUCGCCAACCAACGCCUCCCGGAAUCCAUCCAGGAAGACCACCUCAACAAACCCUGGCGCCCCCUCCCAACAAACCGCAUAACAGCCGACCAAACCCGCCGUCCCCUUCUGGCUACCAUCCCCAUCGGCCUAGGCAUCACCUACACGCUAGGCAUAUGGCAAGAAACCUGCCCGAUUUUGAUCCUCACCUGGAUGUAUAACGACCUGAAGGGGGGUGAUGAACUCAUCCGUGAUGGGAUUAUCGCUGUUGCUUAUGGGUUGUAUAAUAUUGCUUCGUUGAAGAUUGCCUGUACUGGGGACGAGGGGGAGAUACAACCCUCCGAGAAGGGAUAUCUCUGGACCACCGUGAUCAGCGGCGUUAUCCUCACCACGAUGCAGAUUCAGGAUCUGAAGGAUGUGGCGGGGGAUCGCACCCGCGGGAGACAGACGAUUCCGCUGGCGUUCGGGGAGUGGUGGUCCAGGUGGUCUAUUGCGGGGCUUGUUGUCGGGUGGAGUGUUAUCUGUAUGUGGUUUUGGGGGUUGGAGGGGUGGGUGUGGUAUGUGGUUAUUGGGGGUGUAGGGGGGUUGGUUGUGGGGAGGGUGUUGACGGUGGAAGGGGAUGCGGCGGCGUGGAGGUUGUGGAGUGUGUGGUUGAUGGUGUUGUAUGGGUUGCCUUGGGUGGGGGGGUUGGAGUGGAGGGGUUUGGUGUAG